ACACACACACACAUGCAAUAACUUCUCCUUCUUCCUCUUCUUCUUUUUCUUUGGCAACCACAAACAUUAACAUUAAUGGCGAACAACCUAACAUCAAAACUAGAUCAUGACUCGGACUACGACAGCAGCUGCUCCUCCAUAACCGUCCCCGACUCGAGCCGGAGCUGGAUGAGCAACCUCAGCUUCGGCAGCCACCGCCGAAGCUCAGUCUCGUCCGCAGUCACCGACGUCUCCUCCUCGACUACCUUCACCUCCCACAAGCCCCACAAGGCCAACCAAGCCGCCUACGAGGCGAUGCAACGCCUCCGUUGCUCGAGAGGCGGCCGUGUCGGGCUUGACCACUUCCGCCUCCUCCGCCGCCUCGGAAGCGGAGAUCUCGGCAACGUCUACCUCUGCCAAAUUAGAAACCCGGUCGUGGGGCUCCCGCAGUGCUUCUACGCCAUGAAAGUCGUCGACCGGGAAGCGCUGGCCAUCAGGAAGAAGUUGCAGAGGGCUGAGAUGGAGAAGGAGAUUCUUGGGAUGCUUGAUCACCCUUUUUUGCCAACUUUGUAUGCUGAGUUUGAGGCUUCUCAUUACUCUUGCUUGGUUAUGGAGUUUUGCCCCGGUGGGGACUUGUACUCUGCUAGGCAACGCCAGCCUGGGAAACGCUUUAGCAUUUCAUCUGCUAAGUUUUACGCUGCAGAGACAAUAUUAGCCCUAGAGUAUCUCCACAUGAUGGGCAUAGUUUACAGAGACUUGAAGCCUGAGAAUGUUCUCGUCAGAGAGGACGGCCACAUCAUGCUCUCGGAUUUCGACCUCUCUCUUAAAUGCGACGUCGUUCCGAAGCUCGUCAGACGCCAAUACGACAUCAAAGAAACGGCAAACGACAACAAGAUGAUCAUCAAAUGCGUGACACCAUCUUGCGCCGCUCCCAUGCAGCCCGUCCUCUCCUGCUUCUUGGCCGCAAGAUGGAUUAAAAAGAAACCAAAGGUGAUUAGGACCAUUACAGAACAAGCCCACCAUGAUCAUCAUCACGAUCAUGACCAUAAUCAUGAUCAUAAGCAAGUAAUACAAAUGGACGGUCCAGAAUUAGUGGCCGAACCCAUCAACGCAAUGUCGAAAUCCUUUGUGGGGACACACGAAUAUUUGGCCCCAGAGGUGAUAUCAGCGCAAGGGCAUGGAAGCGCGGUGGAUUGGUGGACAUUGGGAGUGUUCCUCUACGAGAUGCUCUACGGUAGGACUCCUUUCAAGGGAGAAAACAAUGAGAAGACUUUAGUCAACAUUCUCAAACAGCCGUUGACUUUCCCUAGAAUUGGUGUCACUAGUGCCAAAGAGUAUGAAGAAAUGGUCAAAGUUCAAGACCUAAUUAGCAAGCUUUUGUUGAAGAAUCCAAAGAAAAGGAUUGGAAGUUUAAAGGGUUCGGUGGAAAUCAAACGACAUGAGUUUUUUAAAGGUGUGAAUUGGGCUUUGAUUAGGUCAGUUAAGCCUCCGGAAGUGCCAAGAGAUCAUUUGAAAAUCAAGAAUAAUGUUAUUAGAAGAGGUCCUAAUUACAUGCCCAAGUUGAGCAAGAAAGAGAGGGAAGAACCUUAUCAAAUCCCACAUCAUGUUGAUUACUUCUAAUUAACGUAUUCUAAUUAUCUAGAUCUCAUUAUAAUUAGUGUAAAUAGGCAAAACAGAAGGAAAAUGAGAAAAUAGUUUCCUAUAUAUAAACAUUCUGUUUUUCCUUUAAAUGUGGGAAGUUUUAGAUUAUGUAAGGGUACCCCAAUUAGUUACUAUGUUGUGAAUUAAC